AAUAAUUCCUUAUUUUUAGGGUAGUUGUGCAAAUAAACGCUUCUUCCCCUACCCUUCAUUCCUAUCUCCUGCUCUGUGGCUCCAUCUGAAAUUAUAUCUUAAUUAAUGGUUAGUAUUUAAUAGCGCUUUAAGGUUUGCUUCAUCCUUUGCAUGUGCUAUCUUAUCUGAUUCCUGGUAGUUAUGUAAUUUUAUGGCUUUUUACUACGAUCUAAAAAAUUCAAUUAAUAAACUUAUUAUUGUCUCCUCGUGUGUGUCAAACAAAAUAAAAAACAAAACCCUUACAACAAAUACAUGUCGUUAAUCAAAACAAAUUCACAUACUGGGAAAGACCAAAUGUUUCGCACUCUAAUCUCUUCUCCUCUCUCUUUCUUCUGUUUCUUUUUAACUGGCUCUUUAAGAAAGUAAGGAUCGCGAAGAAGAGAAAGGAAGCGGAAGUCUCCACGUGCACCGUAACCUUAACCUUAACUGGUUCUUGUUCCGGUAUCUUCAGGGCGAAAGAGGACAUGGAAGUACUUUUGUGAAGUCCGGCGCUUUACGAACGACGAGCUCAUUUUGCGUCAUGACGUAGUCCUAGAGCGACGUACAGUGUGCUUAAUUUGCGUUUCCUCGGAGACUAAGACCUGUUGGCACCCAGAGUCGGGUGCUAUCUGCCGAGAGGUGGCAGCAGCAUGGGGACUCCCGGGGGCCUGCAAUCGGACUUCGAGACGCUUCUCACGCGUUUCCAGGAGACCGAUAGCGUCCGAUUCGAGGACUUUACCGCACUAUGGAGGGACAUGAAGUUUCAUACUAUUUUUUAUGGCAGAACAAGACAUAUGGAAAAGAACAAGUUUACAAAAGAAGCUUUAUCUCUGGCUUGGAAAUAUUUUCUACCUCCAUACACCUUUCAGAUCAGAGUUGGUGCUUUGUAUCUUAUGUAUGGACUAUAUAAUACACAACUCUGUCAGCCAAAGCAAAAGAUUAGAGCAUGCCUUAAGGAUUGGGAUGAAGUUAUGAAAUUUCAGCAAGAUCUAACAAAUGCACAACAUUAUGAUGCUUCUUAUAUUCUUCGGAAGCUGCGAUUAGACAAAGCCUUCCAUUUUACAGCAAUGCCCAAACCUCUUUCAUACAGAAUGAAGAAAAAUAUUCCAAGAACUGAAGUUACAGAGGAAUUUAAGGAACCAAAUGACCGAGUAAUGAAGCUUAUCACUGCUGACACAUUAGAGGAAAUUAUGAAUAUCCAUGAGCAUUACCAGGAAAUGAAGCAAAUAAUUUCAGCAGAUAAGUCCCAGCCUGACAAGGCCCUUAGCUUGAUAAAAGAUGAGUUUUUAGUCAACAUUAAAAAUCUGGUUUUAGAACAUAAACAGUGGCAUGAAGACAAAAAGAAGCUGUUCAUGAAAGUUAAAAAUGAAGAUGAUCAAAAAGAAAAGGAAGGAAGUUCACAAGAAUUGGAAGGUUCUGAAAGAGCAGGAGCAUUAGCUAAAAUAAAAUCCAAGGCCUAUUCAAUUGUCACUCAGGCAUCCAAGUCAAGAAGACACCGUCAAGUUAAACUUGAACCACUUGAAUCAGAAUUAGUUAAAAAGCUAGGGAAGACACCUUGUAGUAAAAGAAAUAAAGAAAAAUUGGAAUCAGAAGAGGAAACAUCAUCUCAAAUUAAAGAUUUCCCAGCACCUAAGAGGAAAAGAAGAUGCUGAACCAAGAACUUGGACUAUAUACUUUUAUGAAAUUUGAAUUUCUGGACAAUUAACAUCUUUAUGUGAUGAACAUAAAGAAUGAAAAUAUUAAAACCAGCUGUUCCCGUAUUUCUUCUGCACUACCACAACAAUUCUUCAUGGAAAAAUUGGUUUCUGCUGGUCUUUAUAUGCAUUCAAAAUUGCCUUAACAUAGUUGUGGCCAUGUUAAUUAUUAUAUAUUAUUAUUUUAAAUUAAACUUUAAUUUAGCUGGAAUGUGUAUUGCAUUGUACUUAGUAAUAAUUUUUGACUUGAAAGGAAUCAUAUAUCUAAUAUAGAUGGGUAAGUGCAAUAAAUAUAUUUUUCUUCAUUACUACUAGAUUAUAAAUUCAAUGAGAUAAAGUCCAAUGCUCAGCACAAUGCUUUGCAUACUGUAGGUACUUAAUAAAAUGUUGGAAAUAGGAAUAGCAAGUUCUUAAAAAAGGUUGAAUUGAAAUGUUUUGAUUUAUUUUUACAAGAAACUUCUAUUGAUAGUUCCUACUGUCAAGAUCAUAACUAGUUGCUAUUUUAUUAUCAACCUAACUUUAUUGUGUACCAUUAUUAGUUACUUUAAAGUCUCCUUUGUUUUAGUGACCUUUAAAUAUCCAGAUCAUGAAAAUAAUAUAUUGACUAAUCUUGAGUACAAGGAUAUUGUAAUAUAUAUUAUUUCUUAAGGAGUUAUUAAAAGCCUUUCAAAUAAAAUUUUAAAUGAACAAAAAAGAUCAUAUGGUUGAUCAUGCUAGAAAGAUUUCUUUUAUGUUACUGACAAUGGUGUGUCUAUUUUCAAAGAAAAAAGGCUUUUAAAAAAGCUAACCUAAGAAUGGAGAAACUUCUUUUCAGUAAUCCAGUUACUUGGUAUAAUGAAUUCUUUGGGCAUGGCAAUCCAUAAAAUGAAUAAAAAAUUAAAAUGCCCCUUAGUACUUGGGGAUCUUUUUUCAUAUCUGUUGUGAUGGUAAUGCUGUUGGACAAAGUGCUAAGAAUUCCAAUAUUUUUAGGCAGAUUAUAAAAAUUAAUUUAGCUGUUGGUUUCUUAAAUGUGGAAUAAUUAUCUCUUGACCAUUAAGCGAAUAAUACUAAUUGAAGAAUUGAAUCAUAAUUUUGACAUUUUCAUUGUAAUAAAAUUAAGAGACUUUAAUUUUAAGUAAAAGAUUAAUUAGUUCUUCUUAAGUAAGGAAAGGAGCUACUUGCAGUUGGUUCUUAUAAUGUGUCCUAAGCCAUUUAUAGCAUGGAAUAUGUGGUUACCUUGCAGUACUCAGAUAAACAUUUAUAAGACUGUCUUGAAAAUAAUUGUCACAUGUACUACAUAUAUUGCUUUAGGAUCAGAAGAAAAAAAUUCUAUGAAAAAACUCAUGAUACUUAUAAAAUUAUAUAUUUGGUGACUUCAGGGAAAAGAUAAGGUGAACAUCUAAGGAGAGUAGCAAAAAUUGUGUUGGAAAAGUAUGAUUUAGUGUUAAAUAGAAAUCUUAUAUGGAAUAUUAUCUUCAAGAAGAGAAUUGAGAAACAUUUACUAUGAAAGGUACCAAAUAAUAUCACAAAAAUGAAUAUUGAAUUUAUUUAAAUAGGAAUCUACUACUUGGCAAUAUGGGAGUUAUUUUUGAAUCAACUGUUUUGGUAGAAUCAGACUGAUAUACUUGGUUUCCAGGACUUUGCCACAAUAGAAAGUGUUAUUGUAAAUAUUUUAUUAGAUAUUAGAGCAAAGGUCAAAAGCAAUUAAACAUGUGAAGCAUUGGCAUGAAAUUGAGGCAGUUUAUAAUCUGAUGUUUUAAGUUAUUGCUGCCUAAAAAUGGGAUAUAGUCCUUUUUCAUGAUGGCAAAAUAUUGGAAAUUAAUGGGAUACCCAUCAGUUGGGGAAUGUAAUGAAUGAAACAUUCAUAACCAGAUAAAGAACUGAUGUACUCUGAAUGUAGAUUGAAGUAUAUUUUUCGAUUAUUAUUUUUGUUUCCCCCAUUUUGAUUUGUUGCUUCUUCCACAAUUAUGACAUAUGGAAAUAUUUUACAUGAUAGUACAUAUAUAAACUAUAUUAAACUUUAUCAUCUUUGGGAGAAGGAAAGGGAGGGAGGGAGGGAGAAAAAUGUGGAAUUCAAAAUCUUAUAAAAAUGAAUGCUAAAAUUUUCUUGAUGUGUAGCUGGGGAAAAUGCUAUUUUUAAAAAGAUGGGAAAUAGAUUCUUAAGAUAAACUAGUUUUGUAAAGAAGUUUUAAAAAAUUUUGUCAAGUGCCACAUUGAGGGAUAAAAAGUGCCCAGGGAGUGGGGUUAGAGCAAACAGGUCUUCCCACAACUACAUGAACAAAGAUCUGAAAAGAGUGCCAGAUAGCACAUGUUCUUUGUUUUCCACAGGACUGGAUUUCUCCAUCAUGCCCUAUGUUUGUCUUCCCAGCCUUUCCCCCUUGAGGUCAGGGGCUAUCUUUGCAGUGCUUAACACAAGGCCUGGAACAUAAUAAUAUAGGCCUUUAAUAAAAUACUUGUUUUAGAUGGAGUAGUGAUCUGAAAUCCAGGGAGAAACUAUAAUGAGUCAUCAGCACAAGAUUCAACCUACAAGCAAAUGAUUCAGAAAUGUGGAACAAAGACAGGUUAAGGAUCAUGAAACCAGAUCCUGGAUGCAGAACCAGGAUAAUAGCUAUCUUAGACCUAACUUUUGGGUGAAGAAAAGGGUCUUAGUAUUGUUGCAUCUAUCUCUGAUCCUCAGAGAGUAGGUUUGAAGUUCAGGACUCAGUUUCUGGAUAGAGUUCUAUCUAGCUAGAUAGAAAGACUCUUGGACUCUGUCCCAAGACAUGGUCUCUAAAUUCUUACUUGGGAGCUGGAAGGAAUGCUAAUAGGAGAAUCUGAGACUCAGCUCUCAGACAUUGGGACUUUGAUGCUGUUGCUAUUAUCUUAACCAUGAAACAAAAAAUAUUGUAAUCAGACUUUUUCAGGAGAAAAGGGCCAUGGCUGUUUCUCUGACCUGGGACCUAAAUACUGUCAGGAUGAUAGCUCUGUCACUAGAACAAUAGGCAAGACAAGCCGCAAUUAUACAGGAUCAUGAUGGUGCCACUAGAAAUGCUCAGAGUCUUGCCCUAAACAAAAUCCCAAUUUGGGAAAUAUGAAAGAAUGGGAAACAAAAGCUAAGUUAUGAUAAGGGUGCCCAAGAUACAUGAUCUAAAAAUAAAAGGGCAUGUUUUCAAGAAAUCAAGAGUAUGAAAGAAAUUAUUCAGAUCUAUAGUUUCUAUAGAGGCAUGUAUUCUGUAGAAAGAAUUUGUGAUAAGGAAUACUGAUCACAAAAGAUUAAUUGGACAAUUUUGAUUACAUAAAAUUGGGAUAUUUUGUAUAAACAUGGUUGAUGUAGCCAAAAAUAAGAGAAUAAAUAACUGGGGAGAAAAGAUCUUUGAAGCAAAUUUAUUUGAUAAAGGUUUCAUUUCCAAGAUAUAUAAAGAACUGAUCAACAUUUAUAACUAAAAUCCUAUCCAAAAUCGAUAAAUGAUUGAAGGAUAAUAGCAGUUUCCAAGGGAAGAAAUCCAAACCAUAAUUCUAUAAAGGGACUGCAUUUACCAGUGUUUCCCCCACAACCUGAAUCAGUCAUAUAUUACUCCCUAAAGACUUUGUAAUAUUGGUUAGGUUCACUAUUUCUUUCCCUCUUACCCCUAUGCCUUCCCCAGGGAUUGAUUUUCUUUAAAAGAAGACAAGGCUUUCUCAAAGAUAUUGAUGCAGCUUUCUGAUCACCUAAGUAUAUAAAUCUAUGUGUGUGGUAUCUGGGUUUCUCAGAUUUGGUGGAUACCAACUGAAUACCAUUUGAGUCAUGUUAUAUUCUAAUCUUUUUCCAUAAGGAGGCAAGAGAGGCCAUUUCUACCAUAGCUGAAGCUAAGUGUCACCUUGUUACAUGUUCCUGCUAUGUUGGAGCAAAGUAAACUUUGCAACUAUUAAAUGACUUAAUUCAUCUCCAAAUUGAACCUGAACUAUUAAGGGGAUAGUGACAGCUAGGUGGCAAGUGAAUGAAGUGCUGGGGCUGGAAUCGGGAACACCUUCAAAUUUGGCUUCAGCAUACUAGCUGUAUGACCCUGGACAAGACACAACACUAUUUGCCAGUUUCCUGAUUUUUAAAUUGAGCCCGAGAAGGGAAAGGCAAACCACUCUAGUAUCUUUGCCAAGAAAAGCCCAAAUGAGAUCAUGGAAAGUGAGACAGGACUGAAAUGACUGAACAACAAACCGGGUGCUAGCAUUAUGUUCAUUACUAAUUUGAAAUAGUGCUUUUGACAAGAAUGCCCAGUGGCUUACACCAUGGCUGAGUUGAGGGAAAGGCACUGAGAAUCCAAAGGAUAGGAUGUUUGGAUGGCCAAACACCAACCAGUGAUUCAUGAUUACAAGUCCUUUUGGUCAUAAAUGGAGAAUCUUUUCAAUGAGUAGGCUUUGGAUGCAGAACAGUAACUCAGUAGAUGGAGGACACUGAGAGGCAGGAUAUUGAUAGUAUGUAUUAAGUAGAAACAUUAGACCACUCUUUCAGGGUUAGCAGUCCAACUUCUGUCUGAUGGCAGAACUACUGGAUAGAGAAUAAUAACUAGGGAAUACUGGACUUGAUACUAUCAAGCUCCCAUAGUCCUCUUUCUGAAUGCAGAUGGUUCACUCCAUCACAAGUCUCUUGGAAUUGGCCAGAAUCACCUCAUUGUUGAAAAGAGCCACUUUUUUAGUCACUUCACUUAGCAUCAAUUCAUGUGAGUCUCUACAGAAGAUAGGAUAUUCUGAAAUAUCCUGCUAAUUGUUUCUUAUGGAAAAUAAUAUUUCAUAAUGCAUCCAUGGACCUCAAUUUUCCAUAAUUUUUUACUGAGUAGAGUUUGGUUUGAAAAAUAGAUUCUAUUGGUCCUUCCAUAAGUAUUCAAUACAUAUAUUUAUAACUUACUCAGCCAUUCCCCAACUGAUGGGCAUCCACUCAGUUUCCAGUUCCCUGCCACUAUAAAAAAGGGCUGCUGGAAACAUUUUCUACACGUGGGCCCUUUUCCUUUUGUUAUGAUCUCUUUGGGAUACAGACCCAGUAGAAACUCUGCCGGAUCAAAGGAUAUGCACAGGUUGAUAGCCCUUUGGGCUCUCAUUUUCAAUCAGUAAAAAUUUACUGUCUUCCCUCCCCUUAAGAAUCUGCCCUUCUUUUACAAAUUAAAAUUAAAAUUAAAGAAAAAACAAAUCCCCUGUUACAUACACAUAUAGUCAAUCAAAACACAUUUCUGCAUUGAAGGUUCAUUUUUUAACAUUAAUAUUCUCCUAGUGAUGCUGAAUGUUUUAGUGGCAUGAAAUUCAACAUUUUCCAAAGACUCAAAAAUUUGAGUGUUAUUCAAAGAAUAGAAGAGGUUCAUGGUGGAUGACAAGGUUGCAAAUUGUUACUAGUGAAGAAUUGCACUAAACAUUGUAAACAUUAGUAUCCAAGAGAAAAGUAACUGUAAAAAGAUGGUGGACUGGUCAUGUAGCAAGAAUGAGAGCAUCUAUAAUAAGAUGGUGUUUAUACAUGGUCUGAAAAGUGUCUUUUUCACUAUUCAGCCAUUAUCACUGUGGAAUUGGAAUUAAGACAUAUGAUACCAGAGGAACAUUUUUCAUUUUCCUUUGUUUCAUGUGUUGCUUGGUAUUUAUAUACUUGAUUCAGAAGAAUGGAAUUUUCUGGAAAAUGGAAUCUUGAAAUGUGGUUUCAUUAAAAAAAACACUUAAAUUCUUUUUUUUUUUUUUUUUUUUAAUUCUCAGUGACUUAAAGGUAAAGGUUAUUUAUGAUCUGUCCAUAGAGUUCUCAAUUCCCUGUAAUUUCUUACUGAGAACAGUUUGGUUUGAAAAAUAGAUUUUAUUGGUCCUUCAAUAAACAUAAACAUAAUAAAACCA